AUGGACCCUUCCCAAGACUUUGGUGUUCUCGCUGACGAGAAGGCUAUUCCUAAGGACAACAACACAAUCAACUCAGUUGCUUCACCGACAAAAGAUGCUAUACCCAUAUCCUCGGUUGGACAGGUCAUUCAGACUCGUGGAGUAACGCGCAUGGAAGCAGUCUAUCGCGAAGCCAAGCAGAGCCGCCUCUCCUUUUACUUGGUGGCCAUCUCUGUGCUUGUCUGUGCCUGGGCGUAUUCGCUUGACAGCUCAACGACCUACUCCUAUAGUCUUGAGGCAUCAUCGUACUACAAGGAACACUCGUCUGUUCUGUCCACCCUCUCCAUCGCCACUGGCAUCAUCUCCGCGGUGAGCAAGCCAUUCAUUGCCAAGAUUUCGGACAUUACCUCUCGCCCAUACACCUACUUGUUGGCACUAGCCUUCUACACGGUCGGCUAUAUUAUUGCAGCAGCUAGCACCACCGUGUCGGCUUAUGUGGUUGGUGAAGUAUUUGUGUCUGUUGGCCAGGCUGGUCUCGAUCUGAUCAACGAUAUCAUUGUUGCUGAUCUAACACCACUUGAGUGGCGUGGCUUCAUCGGCUCAAUGCUUUCCACCCCUUUCAUCAUCAACACAUGGUUCGCUGGCAAGAUUGUGCAAGCCAUAAAUGCCCGGGGCCAGUGGCGGUGGGGUUAUGGCAUGUUCGCCAUCAUCAUGCCCGUGGCUCUUGGACCAGCUAUCGCCACGCUAAUAUUCCUCGACCGCAAAGCGAAGAAAGAUGGGAUCGUCAACAUUGCCUCGUCCAAUGCAGAACGCCGUGCCGCUAAGGAUCUAGCUGAUCGCGAAGGCUACGAAGCACCGCACGGGGCGAUUGUGGCACCCGCCGCUACACCGGCCGGUACUUGGACCGAGAGUUUGAAGCGCAACCUAGAAGAGAUCGAUGCUUUUGGGCUGGUUCUUUUGGGUUUCGGUUGGUCUUUGCUGCUCUUGCCCUUUAGUUUGAAGACAUACGCCGAGCACGGCUGGAGAAACCAAUCCCUUAUUGCCAUGAUGGUUGUAGGAGGGGUUCUUCUCAUUGCCUAUGUCGUAUACGAAAUCAAGUGGGCGAAAAUCCCAAGCGCUCCGCGGCGGCUUGUUAUGAACAAAACAUUCGUUAUGGCGGUUGUCAUCGAUGGCUUCUAUCUUCUCGCCGGAAACAUGCGCUCGCUCUAUUGGUCGUCCUACGUUUACAUUGCCAAACCAUGGUCUUACCAGGACUGGGUAUACUACACGAACACUCUUACGCUUGCAUUAUGUGUCUUCGGUGUUGUUGCUGGUAUAAUACAACGCUGGACGCAUCGCUACAAGCUCCUGCAAAUCAUCGGUCUAAGCAUCAAGCUCAUUGGCAUGGGUAUCCUGCUGUCUGGCAAGCGCGCCACUAUAUCUACAGCAGCCAUGGUGAUGGGCCUCAUCCUAGUUGGCUGUGGUGGUGCGUUCUCCGUGGUGGGUUCUCGUGUCGCUUCUCAAGCAUCCGUACCUCACCAGGACGUUGCUCUCGCCAUCGCUCUCUUGUCACUGUGGUCAAAGAUCGGAGGUUCCAUCGGAAGCGCCAUCGUGGCGGUCAUCUGGGCUGACAAGAUGCCGAAGUACCUAAGGGAGUACCUGCCGGCAACUGCUACAGAGGCGGACGUGAAGAAGCUGUUCAACAGUGUCUCGUCAAUUCGGACGCUGUAUGCCUACGACGACCCGAUGAGGCAAGGCGCUAUUGAAGCAUACAGGCGAACGCUCUACUACUGCAUUACUCCGGCGUUGGGUCUCGCUUUCAUCCCGCUCAUUGCAGCCUUUUUCCAGUCCAAUUUCUACCUUGGAAAGCAGCAGAAUGCCGUCACUAACGUAGGCAAUGAUGGUCUCAUUUUGAAGGAAGAGGAUAGGAACCCGGAGCCACUACCUCCACCAGCUAACAAAAAGGAGGCGUUUUUGAGGUUCUGGUCCGGACAAAAGUAA